GUGGUGCUCCAACAAAUGGAAGUGGGAGAAAAUGGAAAAAAAGACGAUGGGAAACACCACAUGACAAUGAUGACAAAGAAGAUGAAGAGCAGCAUCCUUUAAAGGAAUCAGGACCACAUGACAAUGAUGACAAAGAAGAUGAAGAGCAGCAUCCUUUAAAUGAAUCGGGACCACAUGACAAUGAUGACAAAGAAGAUGAAGAGCAGCAUCCUUUAAAUGAAUCAGGACCACAUGACAAUGAUGACAAAGAAGAUGAAGAGCAGCAUCCUUUAAAUGAAUCGGGACCAGAAUGUCAAAAGAAACUAUAUGAAGAUGAGGACAUGGUUAUAGAUGAUAGUUUUCAUGGCAGUUAUGGUUAUAAUAGUGAAGAUGAGAUGAGUCCACUUUACCCUCUGGAUAGUUCCUUGUUGAGUGAAUCAUCGUUUCUAACAGCUUUGGCCUCUGAGUUGAUGGAGGUCCCAGACAAGGAUGGUAUAGAAGUGGUGAAAAAUACUCAUGCAUUUAAGAUAGGUGAUUUUUUACUAGUUGAAUUCGACCUGGUGAAAAGCAGCAAGAAAAGAAAAUACAUAGCAGAGAUUUUAGAAUUGGCAAAAGGGGAAGAUGAUGAACCCCUCUACAAAGUAAAAUGCUUGAAGAGAGUAGAGGAAAAUCUCUUUAAUUGGCCAGAAAUACCUGACAUAUGUAAUAUAGCAGAAACUAAGAUUUUGAAGCAAAUGGACCCUCCAGAAAAGGUACAGAAAAGGAGGUCCAUAAAAAUGUUUUUCCCAAACCUCAAUGAAGAAACAUGUUGACUUUAUCAGUUUAUUUUAGUCUUUUGUACCUUUUUAGUUAUAUAGCUUUUUUUGUCACUGUUCAUGAUGUGUAAGCAGGGUCGAAUUUAAGCUUUUUAUCAACAUUUUUGUACUGGUCAGCCAGACCCACAGCUGACAAAAUCUAGUCAGACAAAAAUUUUUUUUGUCCUGUCCCAGUGUUAAUUUUUACCCCUGUGUUCAGGUGAUGUUGUUCAAAGAAAAGUUUUAUUCCAGGGUAUUAUAAUUUGCUGUAUGAUUGUAAAGUAGGUUUUAUUUCAUUUGCAAUGAUUUGGGAUGUAAGAUAGUUAAGUGGGAGUGUUAUUUCUCAUUUUUAGAGAGAGAAAGUUGAAAUAUGUUGCUAUACAAUCUCAGGGUCUUUAUCAUGUUUAUAUGCUGUAUGAAUAUGAAGAAGAUUGUUAUGUUAUUAUAUUUUAUUAUCCAUUUUUACAGUUAUAAGUUCAAGUAUUUUGUACUUAAAGCAGAGGGUAGGUUAGUUUUUUUGACAGUUCAAUUGUGAAAAUAUUUUCUAUAAUGAUGUUGAAAUUAAAUAACUUUGUUUUGAUCAUGUUGUUUCAAACAAGAUAUACAAUUCAUUAAAUCCACUAAUGUCAUGCAGCCCAUGAUUUUCUUAAAAUUUUAUAUAACUCUGUUGAGUUACUUUUCUGGUAAAUGGUUUUGUCUGUCCUAUCAUGUAACGGGUUAGAAAAUUUUAGCCAACAAUACAGUCCAUUGAAAUUAUUUUAAUCUUGCUUAUACCAUGUAUACAGUCUUGGUUUAUUUUAAUGGUGCAAUGACUGUAAUGUGUUAGAUGUUUUGUAAACUUUUAAAGUUAUAUAGUUAUAUUUUGUUAAUGAAUAAGUGAUGCUGUUUAUAGAAGUUGUUAAUGGAUAAGUGAAGAUGUUUAUAGAAAAGUUUAAUCUCAACCUCUUUUUACUUGCUGUAUGAAUGUAAAGUAGGUUUUGUGUCAUUUGUUAUGAUGUUGAUAUUUCACUUUAGCAGUUUUGAAAAUGUUACUUAUACAAUCUCCAUGAAAUCUAGGUUUUUAUUUCGAUGUUAUUUUUUUAUUGUAGUUAUAUUGUAGUUAUAUGUAUAACCAUGAUGAAGGUGCAAGUUAUAUAGAAAAUGUUGUGUCUUCUUAAUCUAUAUACUUUUAAGAUGUAUACACUGUUAUUUUUUACUAGACAUGAUAGCUGACUGAAGUUGUUAAAGAGAAUGUGCAUGGUUUCUUGCUACAAUCUCAGUUUUUUAACACAUCUUAAUAUUUUGGGGAUCCUUUGAUUUGCUGUAUAAAUCUAAAGUAGUGUUUUAUGUCAUUGGUUAUGAUUUUGGAUGUAGGCAAUGGUAGGAUAUUUAAGGGAGAGCUUUGUAUCUCGUUUUGUGAAAGUUAAAAUAUGUUGUGAUACAUCUCAGGGUCUUUUGAAAAACUGUUGAAAUGUGAGUAGUGUUUUCUGUUAUAACAUUUGUUUUUCCUUUUAACAGUUUCAGGUCAGGAUUUUUUGUUAUUGAGCAAAAUCUCUGAUUUGAUUUCAAACAAUUUUCAAUUCUCUGUCAUUUUUAAAAACUAUGAAUAAGAACUUUAAUUUUUUAUAAGUGUUUAUUAUGUCAAGAUUUAUCAGCCCUGAAUUUUUAAGACAAAUUGAACAACCCAUUAUUAGGUUGCUGCCACUAAUUUGGUAAUUUGGUAAUUUUUCAGUUUUUGGUUAUUAUCUUGAAUAUUAUUAUAGAUAGAGAUAAACUGUUAGGGCAAAAAUGUUAAGCAAAGUAAGAUCUACAAAUAACGUAAAUGACCAAAAUUGUCAAUAGACCCCUUAAAGAGUUAUUGCCCUUUAAAGACAAUUUUCAAAAUUUUAUCCUCAUGUUUGCUGCCCACUUAAAAAAAAUUCUUCUGAAACUACCAAACCAAAAUCAAUCAAACUUAAGCUGAAUAAUUCUAAAGGGUAACUAGUAUAACGUUUGUGUUUUAUUUUCUGUUUCCUCAGGAAACAUGGCCCCCAUGGCUAAGAAUAGAACAUAGCAUUUCAUUAUUGAUGAAAGAUUUAAGCAAAAAAUUACAGGUGAGCGAUUCAGGCUCUUGAGAGCCUCUUGUUCUUUUAUAGAAAUCAUGAAGGAAUUAAUUAUUUAAAAAAUAACUGAAAUAAGUUAUAUUUUUGUAAUUUUUUUAAAUUAAUGUUAUACAUCUGUAUACUUCUCUUAAUUUUAUUAUAGAUAGAGAUAAACUGUUAUGGCAAAAAUGUUAAGCAAAGUAAGGUCUACUUUUUUUUUGUAUAAAAUAAUGAAAACGCUCAUUUCAACCUCAACAAUGUUCAUGUAGCCCAUGUUUUUAUUGAAAUUUUAAAUAACUCCUUUGUGUAAUUUUCCCCCCAAAAAAUGUUUUGGUAAUUAAAAAAACCUCUUUAAGGUAACUAUUUUUUUAAAUAUCUUGAUAACGUUAUUUAUAUAU